UUAGAUGCACGUGACCUACUAAGGCUGCAGUGAGUCAGCACCUAGACUUGCACUCUAGACUCUUCAAUCAGUCAUCAGAUCAUCAAUUAUUGUUGUUUAGCAAUAGAGUAGCCAUUAUUGGUCAAUAAAAUAUGAGAUCUUUAGUUCCGAAAUGUUCGAAAGUUGGAACGUGUUACACCAAUGUCUAUGUGGUAAUCAAGUGAAUUAAGAAGUUAGUGUAUUUAUAAACAUCAACCGCUGCAAGCCAUCGAUUCAAUGUAUGAGGAUCCAAGCUGGUACUCCAAGUUUUCCGAGGACCAUCAGAAGGAGACGAAAUGGGCUUUGGGGGAGUUCUGGGACAAGCUACAUUGGUCAGCUGAUGAAAAUGUGCUGGACGUAGGAUGCGGAUCUGGAGACGCGACAUGCAACGUUCUUCUUCCAGCUGUGGAAGCUUCAUGCAGUCAUUUGAUCGGCGUGGACAUGUCGCCCCAGAUGGUUAGUUAUGCUCAGUCCAAAUGGGCACGUCCCAAACUGUUCUUCAAGCUCUUAGACGUCUCUACCAAAGAAGAUCCUCUAGAAACUUUCGAUGAAGAUAUCAGAAGGUCUGGAGGAUUCGACAAAAUAUUUUCUUUCUUUUGCCUUCAAUGGGUCAAAGAUAAGAAGCGUGCAGCUGAUAACAUAUAUAGGUUGCUGAAACCAGGUGGACAAGGUCAUAUACUCCUCGUUGUCAGAAACUUUGGAGGCCAAAUGAAAGUUGAAAUAACACCGCAUAAAACUUUGAACUAUAGUAAGGGCGUUAUCCGUUGCUAUGACUUCCAAUACAUGGACCUACAGGAAAUAAAGAACGAAUUAACUCCGGUAAUAAAAGAUAUUGUCAGGAUAAAAUCAAAACGGAAUGGUAAUGAAAUACUUACACAUAACUAUAUAGUUACCUUUCCAACACCUUUACCUCCAGAAACAUUACAAAUUGGAUACGAAACAGUUAGAGUACAGCCUUACGUACCGAAUCCGUUACGAUGUUUUAACUGCCUAGGAUUCUCUCAUCCGACAUCACAAUGCAAAAAAGAAUCAGUAUGCGUACAAUGCGGCCAGGGAAGGCAUGGAGAAAAUAUAAGGUGUAAUUUGCCGGCUAAAUGCAUAAAUUGCAAUGGUCCUCAUAAUGCCCUAGAUCGGUCCUGUACCGAGUUUAAAAUACAAAAGGAAAUAAAAGCCAUACAAAUCAAUAAUAAAAUAUCACUUUACGAAGCAAAAAACAUGUAUAGAGAAAAAAAUCCCAUCCAGUUAAAUAAAACAUUCGCGGAAAUAGCAAAAAAUCAAAAUAAUACAAACAGAAAAGUAGAUGUUGCCACUCAGGCUGAUAUUCUGUACUCUUUCUCAGUUACUUCAACAAACUCACAGAUAAAUAAACCCAAUGAGAUUAUCUCUCCUGAUGUCCAGGCCACACCAGCUAUCUCUGAUCGAGAGACUGCUCGACCACAGUCAACCGAAGUUGGCAGCCCCGCGCCUACCCAGACUGAUCCCCUCCUCCCCUCCUCUUCUUCCCACUCAUCUACCCUCCCUGCCUCUACUUCCUCUCUCUCCUCCUCCUCUUCGUCUUUCCCUUCUGCCCCUCUCCCCAACUCUUCCUCCCUCUCUUCUCCUACCCUCUCCACCUCCCUUACAAAUCUCCAAUCCCCCAAUCCCGAUCUCGCUACACCACCAGACGAUAAAUCUGCUGAAAAUGCUGACGUGAAUCGUCCGCUCAACGAUUACAUUUACAUGGACAACUACGGUGAGGUUUUGUGCAAGUACUUGACGGACGCUGGCCUAGUCGUUGACGAUUGGAAAGCGAUAGAAAGGAAGAAUGCCUUCGUCACAAAGACAGACACAGAUGAAGAAAAGACUAUGAGACUGAGGUCGGUGGACCCGUUCGUGAGACUGCUUCCAGAUGAGAAGAAAAAUGAGUACCUUAGCGAACUUCUGGAGACCGUGAAGGCUGAAGUGUCACCCAAAGGAGCCACCGAUUACAUCGGCCUUCAUGUAUUGUUUAGGAAAAAUUAAAAAGUUACCAAUGAUAUAUAUAUAUAUAUAUACACAAAUGUAUUUUUUAAUAUUUUAUAAUAAUAAUAAUAUAUAAUGUUUUAAAUUAUUUAUGAAUUAUUGAUUUGACAUGUAUCUAUUAUUGAUACAGUAUUUAAGUAGUGACAUGUAUCUAUUAAGAAAUGUUUUCCAUCACCAUAAGAUAAAAGAUUUUGUCCAAGUGAUUUCUGUAAUAUUGUAUAUUACAACAUCAACAAUUUUUAAUUAUUUGCAGGUAGUAUUUUAUGUAUAUAUGUUGUUGUUUUUUAAUGUUGGUUUUUGUUAGCCAUAGUACCUCAACAUAAGUUACAAUUGUAGUUUAAUGACAAAUAAAAUAUUUUAUUCUUUGUAAAUA